CAUAUCAGGCAGCGUACCACAUAACUGCGGUUAGACUCAUAAGCAGGAAGUGGUGUUGUAACCAUGUGGCUUUAUAUUAAAACUGCGUUUUCUUUCGUUGUUACUGGAGUGUGUGUUAGCUUACAGAAUAUUCAGUGAUAGAUCACACGUAUACUUGUUCUUGCUGCACAGGUCUGGAAAUGCAAUCAUAGGUGAACCAAGGCAUCAGCUUUUCACAUAGGUAGGGUUUCAUUGCAUCUUGUUCUGGAUUAAAUGACCUGACUGAAGAUGCAUGGGACAUACACCAUUCUUUGCUUAUGUAUUUGAUCCUGAAGGGGGGCGAGACACCAGUCAGAGACCAGUCAUGGAGGAGGGCAGAGGUGUGGAGGGGACACUGAACCAGAAUUCUGCAGCGAUGGAGAUUGCUGACUCAGCCAGUGAAUGUGAGGAGCCUCCCAGGUCUAGCCCAAUGGAGACAGAGGAGAGGUCCUUCAUAGCCAAUUUGCACUGUUUCAUGAAGGACAGAGGCACACCCAUAGAGAGGAUACCACACCUGGGCUUUAAGCAGAUUAACCUGUGGAAAAUCUACAAAACUGUUGAGAAGCUUGGCAGUUACGACUCUGUGAGUACACCCAUAUCGUACAGUUACGACUCUGUGACAGCACGACGGCUGUGGAAGAAUGUGUAUGAUGAGCUGGGGGGCAGCCCAGGCAGCACCAGCGCUGCUACCUGUACCCGCAGACACUAUGAGAGGCUUGUUUUACCCUUUGAGAGACAGUUAAGGGGAGAGGAGGACAAACCUCUGCCUCCAAGCAAACCACGCAAACAGUACAAGAGGAGCCCUGAGGGAAGCAAGUCUGAGGGCAAGAGGAAGAGGCCCCAUCUGGAAAAGGAGACUGACUCUGAGGGCCAGCUACACUCUACUCCAUCGUCUCCAUGGACCACUCCAGCUGAAAGGCUCCACCCAGACCGUCCUCCACCAAACAAUGAGACUACCGUCAGUGACGACCUCUCUUCCUCAGCGUACUCCCUAUCCCAGCCAGGUCAGGUCCAGUCUUCUGCUUCAGACAUCAUCUCCCCUCUGGAGAAGAAGAAGCGUAUGGCCCAGGCCAGCCUGAGUCAGUCCCAGGACUGUCAGAGCCCCAGACAGGAGGACCGUAAGGGCAGGCCCUCUGUGAUCCACUGCUCCCAGUCUCCAGGGCUGGUCCGUUCUAGCCGGACACGCACUACCUCGGAGGGCUCUCCUCUCCCUCCGUCGUCCUCCUCUUCCCGUAGCCCAUCCCCCUACUCCAUCUCCUCUGAGGACUGUCCAGCACUAACUGAAGAGAGGCCCCCAAUUCCAAAACCAGAAGUACCUUUUCCUUUUUCCAGCAACCCAAUAUCUGCCUGCAGUGGGGUCCCCAAGCCUCAGAGCUGCAGCCCUGAUGUCAAGAAAUACGUUGUCUUCCCUGGAGGACAAAGAGAUUUCCCUCAGGUCAGCCCUCUACCGGGUGACACAGUUUCUAUCAAAGGUCAGAGUAAAAACUCUGUAUGGAGCCCUGUCUGCAAUGGGAGUAACAGACGUCCAGCUCACCAAAUAUCCCCACCAACGUCCUGCACGUAUACUGUUAGGUCUUGCUUGGUUCCAUCCACCUCCAGUUUCACUAAGGUUUAUCCCAAAUCUAUGGAGCCUUUGCGGCCUAUACCCUUUCGACCAGGUUACACAUUCCAUCAGAACCCAAAUAGGCCCAUGUUACAUGAUAAUGAUCUGAUCUAUACUAAGAAACUACAUAUGGUGCCUCGACAUUAUCAGACAGAGAAAAAGGAGAAGUCCACGGCAAUGUUGCCCAAGCAACAACCUGUAUUCCACUCUAAUGUCAGCAUACCAGUGUCCUACCUCGUCCCAGCCUAUGACCGGACAAGGGGAGACUCUGGACAGAAGCCACCUGUACACCCAUUCUUUCUAUCCACCAACAGACUGCCUCAGUCCCAGAUCAACCCUAUGUACCGUCAUGCCCCAACGGGACACACCCAUGCUUCCCCUUAUGAGCCUGCUCUCUACUCCUAUCCCUAUUCCAUUCCUAUGUUAAAUCCCCAUACUGGAUACAGCAUCACUGGCGUGCAUUAUCCUCAAACUAGGCAGUGAUAGCCCAGCCUACCUCUCUCAGAGCUUAUAGACAAUGUGACAAGUCAAAUGGAGAUAAUGACAGUACCUGCUUCGUUCUAGACAUUUUCUAAACUUGACUCGAACACAGCUGCAUUCUAUGUGAGUGAUCAACAGAGAAGCGUUGUGUUGUGAUUAUUAUCCCGAGAUGGGCUCCCCACUGUGGCAACUGAUAGAAUUGCACUAAUACAAAGGACUCAUCUUUCUGUAUUUGUAACAAUAGCCCUCUGGUUUACUGCUAUGUACGUUUUUUUAUUGUAUGAUAAAAUAAUUUUAUAUGGAAAUAUAUAUGAAACAACACAUGCAAUUGUUUAUUUCUGAAUAAAAUCUAAAAUAAUU